GACACACUGUCAAAAAGUGGUGUUAUUUUUCGGUAUUCGUGAUAACUGGAGGUAUCGCGCGUGUUUCUUGAUUUUCGAGCGAAAUAAAGUGAAGGAAUCGUUGUCAACGAGCGAUGGAGGCCGGUGGGAGUACAGGUACUCGUACGACGCGUUUUAUGAUGGAAGGCGUCGGUGCCCGAGUGAUUCGUGGGCCGGAAUGGAAGUGGGGAAAACAGGAUGGUGGAGAGGGUCACGUAGGUACCGUCAGAAACUUCGAGUCACCAGAAGAGGUUGUGGUUGUAUGGGACAACGGCACCGCAGCUAACUAUCGAUGUUCCGGAGCCUUUGACCUGCGUAUAUUAGACUCUGCACCAACAGGAGUCAAGCACGACGGUACAAUGUGUGAUACCUGUCGUCAACAACCUAUCUUUGGGAUACGAUGGAAGUGUGCUGAAUGUGGCAACUACGAUCUCUGUUCCAUUUGUUAUCAUGGAGACAAGCAUCACUUGCGACAUCGAUUUUUUCGCAUCGCCACACCAGGAAGCGAGAGAGUCCUGCUGGAACCUCGACGAAAGAGCAAAAAGAUCGCGAUCCGUGGUAUAUUUCCCGGUGCAAGGGUCGUACGAGGCGUAGAUUGGCAGUGGGAGGAUCAGGACGGCGGGAAUGGUCGCCGGGGCAAAGUCAACGAGAUACAAGACUGGUCCGCAGCUAGCCCACGUUCAGCGGCGUACGUUAUUUGGGACAACGGUGCCAAAAACUUGUACAGAGUCGGUUUUGAAGGAAUGGCGGACUUGAAAGUGGUCAAUGACGCAAAAGGGCAAACGGUAUACAGAGAUCAUUUACCGCUGCUGGGAGAGCAGGGUCCAGGUCGAACGGGACCUCACGGCCUGCAGAUUGGUGAUCAGGUCAAUGUCGAUUUAGAAUUGGAAAUUGUACAAUCGCUGCAACAUGGCCACGGUGGCUGGACAGACGGUAUGUUCGAGUGUCUCGGCACUACGGGAACGGUCGUCGGCAUCGAUGAAGAUCACGACAUCGUCGUCUCUUAUCCAAGCGGCAAUCGGUGGACCUUCAAUCCCGCUGUGCUUACCAAGGUUCAAAUACCCGUUCCCGUUACUAGCUCGAGUUCGGACAACCAGACGUUCGCCGUUGGUGACCUGGUGCAAAUAUGUAACGACAUAGAGAAGAUCAAGUUGCUCCAGCGUGGCCACGGAGAAUGGGCUGAGGCGAUGGCUCCGACUCUAGGGAAAAUCGGUCGAGUGCAGCAAAUAUAUCACGACGGAGAUUUAAAAGUGGAAGUCUGCAGUACAUCGUGGACGUACAAUCCCCAGGCUGUUACAAAAGUUGCCAGUAGCGAUGGGAGCGUCUCAGGGAACAGCAGCGGUGAACGUUUAUCGGCGUUACUAAAGAAAUUAUUUGAGACACACGUCUCGGGUGACGUGAAUGAGGAACUGGUAAAGACAGCGGCGAAUGGCGAUGCCGCCAAGUGCGAGGAAUGCUUAAAACGGCCUGAAGCUGAUGUCAAUGGUGUAUUUGCCGGUCACACCGCUUUACAAGCAGCCAGCCAGAACGGCCACUUAGAAGUUAUCAAGAUACUUCUCCGGUACAAAGCGGACGUGGAGAUAGAAGAUAAGGAUGGUGACCGAGCCGUACACCAUGCCGCCUUUGGCGAUGAGCCAGGAGUUAUGGCACUUCUCGCUGGUGCCGGCGCCGAUCUGAACGCUCGAAAUAAAAGACGUCAGACUGCCCUUCACAUCGCGGUUAAUAAGGGCCACGCUGGUGUUGUGCGAACCUUACUAGAACUGGGAUGUCAUCCGAGUCUACAGGACUCCGAAGGUGAUACACCCCUUCACGACGCGAUCUCUAAGAAACGGGAUGACAUGUUGGCUCUGUUGUUGGACCACGCCGCAGACAUCACCCUCACGAACAACAAUGGUUUCAACGCUCUACACCACGCUGCUCUUCGUGGCAACCCAAGCGCGAUGCGGGUGCUCUUGUCCAAACUGCCGCGACCCUGGAUCGUCGACGAGAAGAAGGACGAUGGUUACACGGCCCUUCAUCUGGCUGCUCUCAACAAUCACGUGGAGGUAGCCGAACAACUGGCACGCGCCGGGAAAGCUGACCUGGACCUGCAGAAUGUGAAUUUGCAGACCGCCCUGCACCUGGCAGUCGAGCGUCAGCACACGCAAAUCGUCCGGUUGUUGGUUCGCGAAGGUGCGAAUCUGAAUGUCGCCGAUAAGGAUGGGGAUACGCCUUUGCACGAGGCUCUUCGACAUCAUACGUUGUCGCAGCUGCGGCAACUGCAGGACGUGCAGGACGUUGGACGGUUGCUAAUGGGUCUAGGCACCCAGGGCCAGGAUAAGAAGAGUAGCUCCUUCAUCGCUUGCUACUUGGCGGCGCACGGCGCCGAUCUAGAGCUGAAGAACAAAAAGGGUCAGACUCCCUUGGAUCUCUGCCCCGACCCGAAUCUCUGCAAGACCCUCACUAACUGCCACAAGGACAAGGAAUCACACGACAUCGAGGCCGCCGUCCCGUCCGCGGCGAUCGACGAAUGCCUCGUGUGUUCGGAUGGAAAAAGAGAGAUGUUUUUCAGCCCUUGCGGACAUGUGGCUUGUUGCAACGCGUGUGCACCGAGAGUGAAAAAAUGCCUGAUCUGCCGUGAAAACGUCUUUUCUCGAAUAAAAAUCGAAGAAUGCGUGAUAUGUUCAGACCGCAAGGCGGACGUGCUGUUCCGUCCAUGCGGGCACAUGUGCGCCUGCGAGAGCUGUGCAUCCCUGAUGAAGAAGUGCGUACAGUGCCGGGCCCAGAUACAGCACAUGGUACCAUUCUCGGUCUGCUGCGGUGGCGGAGGUGCCGUCACUUACGUGAAGGGGUGCAAUGCCUCAGGAACGGUAUCCGAAGACAAGGAGGAUCCUGAAGAAGAGCCGACGCCCUCGAACAACACCGGCACCGGGGAAGCUCUCCUAAUGAACAACGGCAGCCGAGACACUUCUCACAGCGACAUACAAAAACUGCAGCAGCAAUUGCAAGACAUCAAGGAGCAGACCAUGUGUCCGGUGUGCCUGGAUCGUCUGAAAAACAUGAUCUUCCUGUGCGGACACGGUACCUGCCAAAUGUGCGGCGACCGGAUGUCGGAGUGUCCGAUAUGUCGCAAGGCGGUUGACAAGCGAAUUCUGCUCUACUAAAAAUAAAAGACCGCCGGGCGUGCUGGACUACUCUGAAGAGGAUUACACGCGAUGGCCGAAUUACAUUCGCGGCUACAUGACAUUUAGCGAAAAGAAAAGUCGUUUCGACAGAGUUACGUCAAAAUUGAGACGCAAAUCGAUAUCGUCUCCCUAGGAUGAAUGAUUCGAACGAUAUAAUAUUCAAACAAUUAUAACAAUAAUGGAAACGAAGAAUAGCGCAUUUAAAUGUUGAAUGACGAUUAUCUUCGUUCAGUAUGAGUUACAGUAAUUUUUAUAUACAGAUAAGGUAUAAGCGCGACGAGUGUAUAGAAUACGCGGUAAAGAAUGCGCACAAUUACUAUUUAAUAAUAUGAAAACAAUUCGUUGCAUGCGGUAUAUAUAUAAAUGAUACGUUAUGAUGUUAAAGUUUCAUCUCAUAUAUAUAAUUACGUUAAGGAGCAAGUGUGACAUAUAUUUCCAUCAAGCUUUUCCCAGAGCUUUUAUUUAUGAGCACUGUUAAUUUAGCGCAUAAUUAAAAUUUGAGAAAAAAGAUUAGUGUAGACAUUAGGGAGCCUUCUCGAAUGUUUUUUGAUAUAUACAUAUAUAUAUAAGCAAUGCCAUUUUAAACGGACAUCCAUUUCGAAUAGCAGUUUCCAUUUAUCUAGUAAGAUUAAUCAUAAAUUAGUAAAAAAUUAAUAAGGAAAAUAUCGCACGUUUAUGUGUGUACUCCAUAUUUCUUGAAAAGUAUUAAAAUAAAAAACAUUAUAAGAUCAUAA